UUUUAGAUCAGCGGCGUCUGUGAUAACACACGAGAAAACAGAUGCGAUAACCAACUGGGUCAAUGUGCAAUAUAAACAACUAGAAAACUGAUGUUCCUAACCUUCAACUUAAGAAACUGGCGGUGAGAAAAACCUCCCCCAAGAAAACCAAAUCGCGCUUCCUAGAGAGUAUGAUCGAGUCGACAGAAAUAGAAGAGAGGGCGAAGAGAGAGCUCGGCGAAACACCGGAAAUCAGAGAGAAUGGUUUGAGGGAAAUUAAGGAGUGGUUAAGGGAGCAGAAUCUGCAGCACGAUUGUUUGAGUGAAUUGGGACUGCUGAACUUUUUGCGCGGGUGCAAAUUCGCACAGGAGAGAACUCGCGACAAGCUGUUUCACUACCUCUCUUCCAAAUCGAGUAAAAGCGAUGUUUUGAUGAGCGAUAGAGACCCGUACAGUGACGAACUGAGGGAGGUCCUGUCGAAAGGAAUGUUGCUGUUUUUAUCUUCGGAGAACUAUGAGACGCUCCUAAUUCGAUGGGAAAAUUGCGACACGAAAAAGGUUUCCUUGGUAAAUGUGAUUAAAGUCGGUCUAAUGGCUUUCGAGGUGUUAAUUAACGAGAGUCCGACCGUUAUGAUUAGUGGUCAUACAAUCAUCAUUGACUGCACCAACCUUCCGUUUGGGUACAUAAGGCAGGUAUCUCCAAGCUUAGUAAAGGAGAUAUUUCGCAUAAUUUGGAAGGCAUACCCAAUCAGAAUUAGAGCAGUUCACAUCAUUAAUUGUAUCCCUUUUAUGGGCCUCAUAUUUAGCAUGUUCAAACCCUUUAUUCCAUUGAAAAUUGUGUCAAGGGUACGAUUUUAUAGCAGCAGUAACGCCAACCGUCUGUAUACGGACUUCCCGUUGUCCGAGUUACCAAGAGACUAUGGGGGUGAAGCCACUUCGAUAGAUUCAUUAACCGAGACAACUAAGAGGAUGGUAGAGGAACGUAGGCAUUGGUUUGUCAAUCAAGAAGAUAACACCAGUGAUAAAGAUGAUUACGUUAACCAGCUAAUUAUAAAUUGACGAAGUUGUGAUUUAGUGUACUUAUUUAUUUAACAAUAAUUGUAUUUGUAAGAUUAUGUAGAAAUAAACGUUAAGGAAAUUUCUGA